AUGCCGAUUUGUGUUCAUCGCAAGAUGAAGGUUGCUAGCAAAACUAACGACUCUGCUGGAGAUGGGACUACAACUGCAUCCGUCCUUGCUCGUGAGAUUAUUAAAUUGGGCUUGUUAAGUGUCACUUCUGGUGCCAAUCCUGUUUCAGUAAAGAAAGGAAUUGAUAAAACCGUACAAGGGUUGGUUGAGGAGAUAGAGAAGAAAUCUAGGCCUGUCAAAGGCCGUGAUGACAUUAAGGGAAUGGCUAUUCGACUCCUAUUCACUAGGCUUUAUGUUUGCCUUCCAGCUAUUGCUACUAUUUCUGCUGGAAAUGAUGAGGUCAUUGGGACCAUGAUUGCUGAUGCAAUUGACAAGGUUGGACCUGAUGGCGUGCUGUCUGUUGAGUCAUCUUCUUCCUUUGAGACAACAGUUGACGCAGAAGAGGGGAUGGAGAUUGACAGGGGUUAUAUCUCACCGCAAUUUGUCACCAAUCCUGGAAAAUUAAUUGUUGAAUUCGAGAAUGCAAGAGUACUGGUCACAGAUCAUAAGAUCUCUGCAAUAAAGGAUAUAAUUCCUUUGCUGGAGAAGACCACUCAACUACGAGCUCCUUUGCUUAUUAUUGCCGAAGAUGUCACUGGGGAGGCUCUUGCUACCCUUGUUGUAAACAAGUUGAGAGGCAUUCUCAAUGUUGCUGCCAUCAAAGCACCUCGUUUUGGUGAGAGGAGGAAGGCUCUCCUUCAAGACACUGCAAUUAUGACUGGGGCUGAGUAUCAAGCUAGUGAUCUGGGUUUACUUGUGGAGAAUACUUCUGUUGAGCAGCUUGGUAGCAAGAAAGGAUGUGAUCAGGCUAGGAUCUCACAGCUGAAAAAGGAGUUGGCUGAGACAGAUUCAGUCUAUGACUCCGAGAAACUUGCUGAGAGAAUUGCCAAGUUGUCUGGAGGAGUUGCUGUUAUAAAGGUGGGUGCUGCCACAGAGACUGAACUCGAGGACCGUAAGCUACGAAUUGAAGAUGCCAAGAAUACAACUUUUGCUGCCAUAGAGGAAGGGAUUGUCCCUGGUGGUGGUGCUGCAUUGGUUCAUCUUUCAACUUACGUCCCUGCCAUUAAGGACAAGCUUGAAGAUGCUGAUGAAAGACUUGGUGCUGAUAUUGUACAGAAGGCAGCCAAAAACGAGCGGUCACCACAAGGUGGAAGUAUAGGAUAG